AUGGCUAUUCCUCACUGGCUCCUCAUGUCUGUGCUCCUUCUGCUGCCCCUCUUGGCACAGGUUUCGGCACAGGAACCAGGAUGUUCUGUCAAUAACAGCAAACCAAGCGUUCCUGAAAAUAAGUGUCCUUAUGUGGUGACUACCAUCCACGUGCAGCCAGGUUUCACCCUAACAAUUGAUCCCAGUUUCCCUGAUAGCCAAUUCUUCACCAUUGAGGGCUCCGAGCUGCAGCUGACAAAGUGUGUGGACUAUGAGGCAAAAGACCCCGUGCUGCUGCUGUACCUGACCUGCAAGGAUCCUGCUGGCCAGAGCGAUUCCUUGGAAAUCCUGGUCACCAUUCUGAACGAGAACGACAACAGCCCCGUGUUUGCACAGCCAAACCUCAGCAGGGAUGUCCCAGAGGACACAAAAGUGGACACAGCCAUUGUAGCCCGUGAAGAAGUAAGUGCUAGUGAUGCUGACCUGGACACCAUCUACUAUGAACUCACCACCACAGUGCAGGACACAGAUGGUUAUUUCGCCAUAAGAGGAGUCAAUAACCCAGAAAUUUAUUUACAAAAAGCAUUGGACUACGACAAGUUUCAUUCAACAACGUUGCUCUUGUAUGCAAGGGACAGGCCUGUGGCCAGCCCCGACCCCACCAACACGGCCACAGCAACCAUAAGCAUCACCAUCGAGCAGAGUGACACCCGGGCUCCCUGGUUCCUGCCCUGCAGCCGGCUCCACAAUGACUCCAGCGUCUGCAUCAGCAGCCCCUACUCCGGCAGGGUCAACAUUUCCGAGAUGUCGAUGGACCCGCUGCUCCUGGAGCCAGGCCCCAUCCAUGCUGUUGACCCUGACUACACCAUCAAUGACAGGAUCGUGUACAGCAUUGUUGGGGGGAAUACAGGUGAAGUGUUCUCAGUGGAUGCAGACACAGGGAAUCUAACCAUGAACAAAAUAGUGACUUCCCCAGAUUCCUUUCUGUUGCAAGUUAUGGCCACCCAGGUCAGCAACAUAAGGAAAUACUCUGUAGCCACUGUAGAGAUCAAGGUAAUCAAUAAAAGCAAUUUUCCACCCUACUUUGAGAAGAGAGUCUACAACGGGACGGUGUUUGUUGGGCUGCCCCGGAGAAGCUUCGUCUACCAAGCAGGAGAUCCUUCCACCCCCCUGGUGAUAACGGCAAUGGAUCAGGAUUUCCCUGAUAAAGUCAACCCAAACAUCAAGUACUACCUCAAAAACAGCACCGAUUUCAUCGCGACCAGGGACGGGCUCGUCCUGACCAACACGGUGCUGGAGUCCCCAGGAACUGUGACCAUCCAGGCUGUUGGAAAAGAUGUGUUGAGCCUGCAGGAGGCAAGCACCAUAAUUGUGGUGGAGGUCACCCUUGCCACAGCUGUAACCCCUUCUGACAAGAUGUACUCUGCUCAGGACAUGGCUGUCUUAGGGGGCACAUUAGCAGCACUUCUGUUAAUUGCCUUAGUCUUCCUUGGAGUGCUGGUAUGGAAGUCCAGUAGAUGGUAUGAAAAACCUGUCAAACACCUGAUGAAGAAAAAGCUCUCCAAGGAAAUCUCUGAGGGUCACCAGAAUAAGUAUUACCAGGAAGAUGAACAGCCAGAUGUGAGCAGCAAGCAGCAUGAGACAUCAGAAACCAACAGAGUCCAGGCAGAGACUCCUGUGCCAGAGCAGCCAGCACCUGCCUUGCACUCCUCUAGUGCAGAGGAAAUGGAGAGCCUUCCAAAGGGCUCCAUAGCUUCCACUGUCAUCUUUGACCAGGACGAGAAAGAGGAAGAAAAGGAAGAGGCUGGACAGGAGAAAGAAGUGAAGUCAAUCCUCAAAACAGACAGGCACGGGGCAGAUGAUGGCUACAAAGCUGUGUGGUUUAAGACUGACGUGGACCCCGAGGCUGGAGAGAGGGUUGAAGUGAUUGAGGACAAUGCAGCAGAUGAUGAUGAUGAUGAUGGUGAUGACAGUGACCAAGAUCUGCGGAAGAAUGAGGAAGAGGAGGAAGAAGGUUCUGACACAGACAGUCACCACCAAGGGCUGGGAGUGUCCUUUGCCUCAGAGAGCUCGUCACCCCCAGCAGCAGAGGUGACAGUCAACAUGUCCCACACAGAUGCAGGAACAGAUGACUCUGAGUUAUAACUGAAAUUUGGUACAUACCCCCAAAAAUGGGGCAAUCUCAGCUUCUCGGCUGACAUGAAGCCCAUCUUUCUACUCAGGGGGAAAACUGGAAUGCAGAAGGGUGAGGUUAUCUGUCCUGCUUCUCUGAAUACAGCAAACAAGGCCAGAAGAUAUUAUAGCUAAUUUAACCCUUUAGUGAGACCUUGGAAUAUCACUUGGGAUUUUCAGGGUGAAGCUUUUAGUUUUUCUACCUCCCUGCCUGUUCCCCCUGGGUCCCUUGACAUGGCCUUUCCUGAAGUGGCUGCAGGUACAGCAGAGCUGACCUGGCCUGGCAGCAGCAAGCCCAGCUCGCAGGAGCAGCUGAGUUGCACAGUCCAGUGUUGUUUGGCUCUUCCCUUUGGGGUGUUGCAGCAGGGUGUCAGCAGGUCUCUCUGACCCUGCAGGUGCUCCCGUGACCAUGCAGGGGCUGACUUCAGGGCUUGGCUCCGCUCUGUUCUCCCAGCACAAGCAGCUGGAAUGUGCCACCAGGCCCUUGUCCUGCCAGCCAGGAGGUUCCAUGCUCGGGACCUGCUGUCUCCUUUGUCACUGGUAAACAAGGACUGAUCACAUGUUCUUUACUGAAUGAUUUUUCAUCAAUUUUCUAUAUCAUAAACCCACUAAUUGUGCAGUACUUUAGCUGUCUAUCUGCUAUCGGUCAGGCAAAAGAGCUCCUGAGAUAUUGUCUUCAAGUGACAAGUCAUCACUGUUUCCAGGUAGCAGAAGGAAGGAAAUAUUUGAUGCUCUUGUCUAGGUUUGCACCUCCCAUCAACCAAUCUUUUCCCCCAGCUGGCAGCCAAAAUCUGGGCUGGUUUCCUCCAGCUAAAAGCAUAGCUGUGUCCAUUUGCAUCUUCUGAUUAUCAGCACAAGAUUUGUGCUGCUCCUGGAGAAAGAAACCAAAGAGUGACUGCUGGGAUCUGCAGGAACAUCAGAGCACAUGGUGAUUCCCAGGGAGGCUUUUCUCCUCUGGGGCCAUACAUGUCCCUGUCCCAGUGUUCCUGCCCUCAGUCCUGCGCUCCUGUCUCUGAGGAAUGCUGCCCUGGCCUCCUGGACUUCAGGAGCUGUGUUUGUGCUCAAAGUCAAGCCCAGGGCCUGGGAAGCUUUUCCUACUUCCUGCAGCAAAGCUGUUUGGCCAGCAAUUACAGUGUGGUAGUGGAGGGUGGGCAGUGUGCCCAGUGUUUGCCACAUAAGGACUCCCUCCAGCAGCUCUGGGAUAUGUCCAGGAAGCAUUUCCCACAGGACAGAGAGAGCUCUGGCAGCUGCUCACUGCCAGCCCAACACCUCUGGCCACCAGCAGGGCUGAGGGUCGAGCCUGCCUGCCCCCCGUGCUGGUGCUGCUCGUUGGAGGGUUGCUGAUGUGGGCACAAGCUGGAGUGCUUCUCCUCUGCUGGGUUUCCUUGGUGUCUGUGCCAUGUGUGGUUCCUGCCAGUGCCGUGCUGUCUGCCUGCUGCUGUGUACUCUGGAUUUCUGCUGAUUUCACACUGAUUAUGAGCUCCCUGUGACUGCAACCUGUUUUCACCUCUUGGGGCUUUACUUCUCCUCACCAGGGUGCUUCCCAUGCUCUUGGCAUGGGACUGGUCCCAUCAAACCAGUCUUUGUUUCCUCUCAGAUCUCAUCAGUGCGUACAGCCAUGGGAUUUGGUAUUUUUCAGGGUUAUGGGUGUUUAAUUUCAAAGGAGGUGAU